GAACACAGCCAAAAACGACCCAUGAAACGCCAAUUCUAGGAAAGAAAACGAUAUCAAGAUAGGAGGAAGUCACUUUACUGCCAAGCACAUAUUGUCUUAUGUUUACUCUGUAGCUGAGCUGAGUGUUGUAAACCGCCACAUCAAUGUACUGACUGCACCACAAAGUUGUCUUCCUGCGGUAUAAAGUGAAAAACUUAUGUGUCUCCCUCUCGGUCGCUCAAAACAAAUCGUCCAGAGAGGGGCUUUACCUUGCUAUCAUGAGCCAGUCCACUGUGAGUGUGAACUCCGCGGGGAGAUGGCUAUCCGAAACGCUGGAAGUUAUUUCGGGUCGGUCGGUGGCGCCCGUCAAGCCUCAAGAGGACUUGGCCUCCCCUCGCUAUCCUUCCCUACCUGUAACUAGUACUGGCGGAGUUGAACGACUGCCUUCGCAGGAUAGCUUGGACCGGUCGAUGCGCAACGAGACUGGUUCCGGUUCACAAAAGUCAAAAGCGCAAAUAAUUCACGAUCUGAAAGCAUCCAAUGCUCGCUUGACAGCGCAGUCAGCCAAAAUGGAAGUGGAUUUUAUGAAUCAACUCGGUAGCAUCACGGCAGAUCUAGAAAUCCAGCGAGAGGCUCUGCAGGAUGAGCUGGCACGGAAAGAAACGCAAAUGAAAGCGCUGGAAUCUCGGUGCAAGUCCUCGGAAUCAAGAAUUGGGGACAAGGAUUCUCUGUUGGCUCGCAUGAAGGAAGAUUCGGCCUUUCAGCGACACACAAUUUCCGAUUUACGGGCACAAUUACAGGCGAAAGAGUCGUGCUACCGCGAAAUGGAUGCAUGGAAAGAGGAAAAACAGCAGUUGAUUUAUCAACUGGAAAGCUUACGACAGGAACAUACGAUCUGUACGGAUACCGACUCUCAGAGUAUAGAUUCGCGCGACAGCGUCGAUGUGCGAAGGCAAGAACUUUUGGACGCAGACCAGUCGUUCGACACUGUUAAGGAAAAGGUUUCCGUAUUCAAAGAACUUCUCUUGAAGGAUGCCCUAUACCACAGCGAGUCCUCCUUGGCCAGCGCUCAAGCGGAAUUGACGAAAUUGAAGGCAGUGCACGAACAAAAAACGAAUUUUAUCCGCCAAGAAUACAACGCUGUGACGGAUCGUUGGCAGACAAUGGGAGCCUCACUACGUAGUCAAAUUGGUAGUUUGCAAGAUGGACAAUCAGUUGAAGAAGACUUGCGUAAAGAACUCGAAGCGGCACGUGGAGCCAGAGAGCAUGCACGCGAAACUUUCGAGGCGGUGGUCGCUAACAAAGAGGUCGAAGUGCGAGAUCUCAGAGAAAAACUCCAGGAUCGCGAUACCGCUAUCUCGACUCUCGCUAAGGCAUCGGUAGCAGCAGAGCAUGAGCUAAUAUUAUCAAACAGUAAUGUUCAAGCUCUGAGCGUCCAAAUUACUGGAAUGGCUGAAGAAAAAGGUAUCGACGUGACUCUGGCGAAAGGAGUGAUUUCAGAACACGUUGACGACAUGAAGGCCUCCAUUGCAGAAUACAAGGAAACAGAAGUUCGUCUUUCGAAAGAAAUCUUCCGCCUGAAGAGACAGCUGACUCAUUGCAAGCUCAGAAACAAUGAUGUAAGGAGGGCAUUUGCUACUAUCAACUCCGAUAGUGAAAAGGCUGCGACCCAGACAAAACAUCUCCAGGAAGGUGAAUAUACCAUAGCGAAUAAUGUCAUGCAGACUGUGUCACGUGAACGGACAGUUGGCGAGCUGAAGCACCGUCCUGAUAAAAUGACAAAUGAACUCAAUACGCUUGGUUUAACAAGCGGCAACAACAGUGAAUUGCCCCCGGGGGUGGACGUUGAAAAGUUACUUCAGGAAACCGAAAUGUUUGCUGGCCAGGUGAUUGAACAAGAUGAGCAGAUUGACUCGUUGCGCAAAUCUUUGCUUCAGAAGAACGAACUAGUUACACAAUUGGAGAAAAUAAUUACUAGGCUUCGAAAAAAGGAAACGCCAAGCAAUAGCGAAAGUGAUCGAAAUCGCGUUCUGGAGGCUGAAAUCGACGAGUUACGUGAGUCAAACCGUGACAAAAUGGAGGAGCUACGUCUUCUUCGUCGAACAGCUCGUGAGUUUGCUCUAUCGGCAGAUUGUCUUGCUGAAGCCCAACAGGAGACUCGUGAAUCUCAAAGACUCACAGAAGAGUACAGGAGGAUGGUAGAAAAAAUUUCUCUCGAAAAGACGGAAUUGUACCGAAAUUUCGAUAAAGAACGAUUGUGUGUGGACGAAGAGAACUUCAAACUAGAGUACGCGGAGGCUGCGAAGAAGUUGCAAGAUUUAGAGUCAGCUCUGAAGGAUCGUAAUCUGACAAUAGAGGGUAUAAAUGCUGGAAACUUCAAGGUGGCUUCCCGAAGCUGCUCGCUCGACGAGACACAGAAAGCCGAGCUAAUAGAACAGAACAGCAUCUUGCAGCGAAGCUUUGAGAACCAAUCUUUCGCAAUCGACGCUGCAAAAGCAACGAUCCGAGAACUCGAAACCUUACUCGCGUCAAAAAAUGCGUCCGAAUCGUCCGCUUUCGAAAAGGAAAAAGUGGAGUUGCUCUCCGAGAUUGAAUUACUGGCAAAUCAGCUUUACCAGGCUCGCGAGUAUAUUCGGGAGCUGCAUGGCGAACGCUCGUCAAUCGACGAGUUUAAAGUCAAACUAGAACGAUCCGACGAAGCACGCGAAGAAUCCGAGAAAAGCAUAAUUGAUACCUACGAAAGGAAGCUUUCGUUACUAACAUUGGACAAGGACGUAACAAUCGACAAACUUCGAAAAAACUUUCUACCGGGAAAAAUACGGCUCAAGAAGAUCUCAUAACAAAAAAUGAUGAGUUGAUGCAAAGUCAGGCCACGUUGAAAGAUGUUCGAAACAAAACGGCGACCCGACUCCGCCAGCGAGAUACUCUGAUAAAUUCCUUGGAAAAUUCUCUAGAAGCUCAGGAGCAACUGAUAUUGAAAAUGAAAUUAGAGACGGGUCGUUUACCAGCCGGUAUGGUGAGCACGUCUGUUGAACGCCGAGACACUAUCGAAGGGAUGCAACGAGAGCUGGCUGACUUGACAUCAACCAGUAAGAGACAGGUCACAAAAAUCAAGUCGCUUCGCAUGGAAAUAGAAAAUAGGAAGCUUAUACAUGAAGCCGAGGUAAAGAAAUUACGGGACAGGAUCUCGUCAUAUGGCAACGCAAUUACCUUGGAUGAUCAGACGUCGACUGACCUCCAGUGACAUUGCGAGGCGAAGGGGCGACCGACCGGUUGGGAAUCUCACUGUCAAAUGGCGCGAUAAAGCGGAUCCAACAGAAAAAGAAGCGCUACUUAACAUUAUUACACUUGGGGGUUGAAAAAUGGAUGCUUGAGGGAUCACAUCUUCGAAAGCUUUCCGCUAUACGAUCCACGUAUC